GCGUCUCGUCCUCGGCCGCACCGCCCCUCGCCGCCUGCUCGCAAGCCCCGGCGGCGGUAGACGCGGGGCCCGGCGCGAGCGCGGGGGGAGCCCGGGCCCGGCAGUGAAAAUCCCACAAAGGCAUUCAUCCUUUGAAGACUGCAUAAGGCUAAUCAAAAUGUGGACUGCUGUGGUUAACUGCCUAUUAAGGUCCAAAGUCUAUCAAGACUGUCCACGUGUUUCAUUGCUAAUACAAAAGAGCAGGAAUAUUAUAACAAGAUCCUCACCCUUGCAGUAUUCAGCUGGAGUAGUUCAAGCAGCUCAGCCUUUCAACAUGAAUGCAAGAAUUCAGAAAGUGGAAGCUCUUGAUGCCAAUCAUUUUGUCUGUAUCCACUGGGAAGACGGGGGCAAGAGCCUUUACCCUUCUGUGUGGCUAAGAGACAACUGUCAGUGUCCUGACUGCUUCUUGCACUCUGCUAAAGCACGCAAACUGCCUUUGGAAGACCUAGAUGUUGAAAUUGGGGUGAAGGACAUCACUUUGACAGAUAGAAAAAAGGUGUAUAUUAUAUGGCCAAAUGAACACACCAGUGAAUUUGAGGCUGAAUGGUUGAAGAAAAGGUGCUUUUCUGAACAAGCCAGAGCAAAAAUGCGUGAAGAAUUAUUUGUGCCAGAACAUGAAUAUUGGGGCUCAGAUCUGCAAUUCCCAGAGAUGUCUUUUGAAGAUGUCUUAAGCAGUGAUGAAAGUGCCUAUACAUGGCUGUCAACUCUUAAGAAAGUUGGAAUUGUAAUGUUAACCGGAGCUGCCACUAGACAGGGAGAGUUAGUUAAGCUUGGCAAAAGGAUUGGUUUCCUGCGGCUCACAUUUUAUGGACCUACUUGGCAAGUGCAAGACAAAAUGGAUGCUAACAAUGUGGCUUACACAACUGGGAAGCUAAAUUUUCACACUGAUUAUCCUGUUCUGCAACAUCCACCUGGGGUUCAGUUUCUUCACUGUAUAAAACAAACCACUGCUGGAGGUGAAAGUGAAGUGGUAGAUGGAUUUCAUGUUUCCAGGAAGCUAAAGCAGCAAAACCCUCAAGCCUUUCAGAUCCUCUCCUCUACCCUAGUAGAUUUCACAGAUGUUGGCGUUGAUUAUUGUGACUUUUCUAUGCAGUCCAAACAGAAGAUAAUACAAAUAAAUGACAGAGGUGAAAUGGAUCGUAUCAAUUAUAAUAAUGCAACACGAGACACUGUAUUUGACAUAUCUGCUGAAAAGGUGCAGCCAUUCUAUGCAGCUCUGAAGGAGUUUGUUAAUCUACUAAACAGCACAGAACAUAAAGUUACCUAUAAGAUGAAACCAGGAGACAUAGUAACAUUUGACAACUGGCGUGUACUUCAUGGUCGUGGGAGCUACCAAUCAGAGAAAGAAAUAGCCCGACAUCUUGAAGGUGCUUAUGCAGACUGGGAUGUCAUAAUGUCAAGGCUACGCUGCCUAAGGAAGACUGUCUUGAACAAAAACUAAUCUUUCUGCUUGUUUAAAAAUUUGCUAAGCCUAGCACAGGCUUAACUUUUUUUUACUUUAAAACAGCAAUAUAUUUGAUUUCCUUUGAGUAACAUUUUAAAUCGUUGCUAACAUCAUCUUUAAUGUUAAGUACAGACAGUCAAAAAGCAUGAGGCUGAAUCAGUUCAAUCUUCGCAAGUUAGUCUAAACUGUGUGGAUUAAACCAAUAAGCAAGUGAACAGACAUUCACUUUUGAUUCUGGAAAUGCAGCCACAUGCCUGCAGUGGCCUAGGCCAAAAGUUGAGGAGCACUAGAGCAUGCCUCCCUGCUCGGCUGGAGCAAACAGCUUGAGCCAAGGCUAGACUGCCCACCCUGAACGGGGGAGGUUGCAGGGGAGGUGCAAAGCAUCCUGGGAUGCUGGGGGACUGCAAGUUAACUUGAAUCUGGUGGGGAUCCAGAACAGGAGUUCAAUAAACUGAUAUAACCUAAAUCAAUUAAGUCUGAUACUACAUCCAUCCAGGUUUAUCUUAAACCAGUUUCAGCCAUUAUGAAAGCAGCUUAUGUGCACUGAACUUCUGUUGUGUUACAGAUUUAAAUCGGUUUCCAAUCACUUAUACCAGUUUAUGUGUAUCUUCUGUCCCUAGCCUAAAAGAUGAUAGUGAGGUUUCAAAAUGUGCUUUCAUCUUUGGCAUUUGGAAAUGAAAUAUGUUAUGCCUCACAACAUUAAAUUGUUUUUAUUCUACUUUCACUGUAAGUAGAAUUGCAACCUGCUGUAACAGGUUUUUUAGAGUAAGUACCAGUAGUUCUUGAUUUACUCUCACUUACCUGCUCAGAAAUCAGAUCUCAGGGUGGUACAUAAAGGAAUGGUUAUAGAGUUCUAAUGAGCAGCACUCGCUGACCCUUUCAACUGUCCUCAAAGACAUAACUGUUUUACAUGCAACAUUUCAAUUUCUUUGCCAAAAUGACUACUUGAAACUUUAGAACCCAGAAUAUUAAUUUGCAGUUCUACUCCAAAAAAGCAGCUCUAUGAAAGUAGCACCUUCUUGGUCAACAGAUCAGCUCCUCUCAAGCUUUGGAUCUGCCUCCAGACUUCACAGCUGUCUAUAAUGCACCAAAAGAAAGCCCUAGUACCAAAAGCUGAAAAAAGAUUCGGAUUUGGGCUGGGAUGUUAUUUCGGUUCAUCUAUAUCUACCGAUCACUAAAGAAAGAAUGUUAUUUUUCUCAACAUUUAGCAUUGCAUUCUGAGGCAACACAAUGUGUUCUUAUGCAACAUGUCACAAAACUGGCUUUGGAAGACUUUCUGAUCCUGCAGUACCUCCUUCCUUGCUUUCCUUCAAAAAUGGAGGAAAGUCCAUGGUGUUCUUAUGUUGGUUGUCAGACAAAGCCUCCCACAACAUUGUUUUAACUGGGUGUUAGUUUUUAUAUAAUAUAAUUUACCUUCAACUGCAUUCUUAUACAAAUACUUAGACAACAAGAGACAUCUCCUGCUUUAAUGCUGCAUGUUUUUAGGAAGCCAUUUUAUACAUGUGUUUAUCAAUUAUUAAAAGCUAUAUGGGAACUGA